AUGUCUUCAAAAACCGAUACAAAUGAAAAUGAUUAUGAUACCGAAGAUGAGGAAUCGACACUUCAACAACCACCUGAUGAAGGUUUCUAUAGAGAGAUUAUGAAAAAUCUAGGUUUAGCGCCAUCUAGUGGUAGUGAGGGCUCCAAAAUACCCGAUAGAGACCUACUAAUACGACUAAUAGAGCUGAAAAGAAUAGAGUCUGCCAAAGAAGUCGAGAAACUAAAAUCGGAAAAUCUUGAUAAGUUAGAUCGUUUAUUGAUAAAGAUCAGCGCAUUGAAUUUACCUACGGAAGUUAUACUGAGUUUAAUAGAAUCUCCAUCUGGCCAGUUAGAAUCGAAUCUUGAAAGGAUAGGAAUAAUGCCCAUGCAUCCACCUAGCAACCAAAUAGCCUCCUCUGAUAAUGUGAGAGGAUGGUCACAGGUGACUCCACCUCAAACUCAGACUCAACUUCCCCAACAGAGUUCAGCAACUGUCCAAUCACAAAUACCACACGGGUAUCAUUCUCGAACUUUAUCUCACCCAAUAGAGCUUAUGCCAUCAAUCCAGAAACCAAAUCAACCAACUCAACAACAGAUGCAGCAAAAAUUACCACCUCCCAUUGUGAACGCUGGAGCACAGCAGUCUUAUAGUCCUCUGCCCAGUUUGGGUGGAUCUCAGCUCAAAUAUCAUUUCCCCCCUCCAGCCCCUGGCCCAGCUGGAGUUUCUUCGGAUGUCUCCCCAAAUUCAUCUGUCAACAAUAGGACUGUUCUAUAUUAUCCCUCACGAUACCCAGGGCAAAUUAGCUAUUACAACCCACAAAAUAUUCCUCCUCCAAUAUAUGAACAAGCUUCAAAUCUGCCAAACAGUAGGCUGGGGCAUAAAAGGUCCCAUAGCGCCAUGACUGUGCCAGAGAUGAGCACUUUUACGAUACGUCGCAAUGAUCCAAAUGAAAUAGUGAAUCUUGAUCCUGCGAAAAAGUCGGGGAAGGUGAGUUUCCUUAUAAAUACUCCUAAAAAUCCUCCCAAAUAA